AUGGAGAAGAAAUCAUUUGGGCUUUCCUUGUUGCUGCUUAUUGUCUUGGCAUCUGAAGUGAUGGUGGUGCCAACAGAAAGUAGGCUAUGUGAAUCACAAAGCCAUUUGUUUCAUGGAACAUGCUUGAGCAGCCACAACUGCGCUUCAGUGUGCAGGAAUGAAGGUAGGUUCUCCGGUGGCAGAUGCAAAACUCAAGGAGUACGUAGACGUUGUUUUUGCACCAAGAAUUGCUAA